UGGUGUCUUCUGGCCUUUGGUUUCUGUCCAUGGGCAAACUCCAUCGUAUUCCCAAGCACCAUUUUUCUUGUACGGCCCUUCUGUAGAAUCUCUCAUAUUUUUUUGUCCAAAUGGCUGGAAUCCGAUUAACCCCGGAAGAAUCUGAGCUCUUUCAGCCUCAACAGCAGGCCCGACCCACCCCCGAUCUGGUCUCUGAUGAUGAGCGUUCAGUUGCGGCGGACUCCUGGUCUAUAAAGAGUGAAUACGGUAGCACUCUUGACGACGAUCAGCGCCACGUAGACGCCGCCGAGGCACUCUCAUCCGGAAACUUCCGUGCUUCCUCUGAUUACAAUUCCGAUAAGGAGGAGCCAGAUUCAGAUGGAAUUACUUCAAUGCUAGGUCUUCAGAGUUACUGGAAUGCUGCAUAUGCUGAUGAGUUGGCGAAUUUUCGUGAACAUGGCCAUUCUGGUGAAGUUUGGUUUGGAGCUGAUGUCAUGGAUGUCGUUGCUUCUUGGACAAAAAGUUUGUGCAUUGAGAUAUCUCAAGGUCAGAUGCUGAAUCCUGGUGAUGAUUUCAAGUCUGAACCUGCUGAAGAGAGUGAUAAAUAUUUGUCUGGUUGGAGUAUACUUGAUGUUGGCACUGGCAAUGGUCUGCUCCUUCAAGAACUUGCUAAGCUGGGGUUCACUGAUUUAACUGGAAUUGAUUAUAGUGAAGAUGCAAUCAACCUUGCUCAAAGCAUUGCUAACCGUGAUGGAUUUUCUUAUAUAAAUUUCUUGGUUGAUGAUGUUCUCGAAACAAAGCUUGAGAGGCAAUUUCGGCUUGUGAUGGAUAAAGGUACUUUAGAUGCCAUUGGAUUACAUCCUGAUGGCCCUCUCAAAAGGAUCAUGUAUUGGGAUUCAGUUUCUAAAUUGGUGGCUCCUGGUGGAAUAUUGAUAAUCACAUCAUGUAACAGUACAAAAGAUGAGUUGGUACAAGAAGUGCAAAAUCUGAACCGAAGAAAGAUCAAUGUAUCCCAGGAACCCAAUAACUCAAAAGAACAAGAACCAAGUACAGAGCCUCCGUUUCAAUAUCUGAAUCGAGUUCGCACAUACCCCACAUUCAUGUUUGGUGGAGUAGAGGGUUCGCGUGUCGCCACCGUGGCAUUUCUUCGGAACUGAAACUCAGUCAAGUUUGUGUAAUGGUGGGUUGUAGUUCUGAGUUUUGUUUUGUUAUGGAGUGCGGUAGAAGAUUGUGCAGAAAGAGUGGAAUACAGGUGAGGUGUUUGAAUUGAUGAAAUUGAUUGAAUCCUUUGCUAUUAUGAACAUCCCAUUUUUUUUCCUUUAUUCUGUAACAUGAUGGUUUUAUCCCACCUCUCAUGCUGUAUAAUUUAAGUCGACUCAAGUCUGAACAAGAAGAUAGAAAAAUAAAUUACUUAAUUAUUCAUCAUUAAUAUAUUAAUAAAAUUAUGUGUA